AUUCAUUGGAACAGGAAGCGAUUGUAUAUACGAGUGAUGAAGAAUCUGAAAUUGAUGACAAUGAUGAAGGGGGUGAUCUAGUAGUGUUUGGUAGCGAAGAGACGGAAGACGAUUUGCUUGAAGAGGAUGAAGACGUGAAUGGAAUUGCUCGUGGAAAUGAUUUCUUACGGAGGAACAGUUUUCUGGAUGAUGAAGCGCAAGAAGAUAGCGAUAGCGAUGAAACGAGAUCAGAUGCAGAGAAUAGUAUGGAAGAUGAGGAUCUGAAUGAAACCGAUGGCGGUGACAGUGAGGAGAUCUGUGAAAGUGAAUUGCAAUCGAGCAGCGACGAGGAUCUGGAGCCAAAUCUGGAGGAUCUUAUAGCGAGGGCGCCACAGAAACGAGUGAAUCGGAAAAGAAUUAUUAUCAGUGGUAGGUUUGAAAUAUUUCAGUGA